UCCGCCUCAUGUUCCCACCUCCGCGGAGCCGGAGCUGAUUCCCUGUCUAGCCGACGCUGAGAGCUCGCUGCCGGGGCCGGCGGAGUCCACACCGCGGUGCCAGGAUGAAGUUUUGGGGACCAUGUUCGGUUGGAUUUUAUAUUUGCGUGUCCAUGCUUUUCAAAGGUUCUCUGCAGGGAGAACACCAGAGGAGGUUGUACAAGGAGCUGCUGGCUAACUACAACCGACUGGAGAGACCUGUGGUCAAUGACUCAGCCGCCAUUCUGGUGGAGCUGGGGCUCACACUGCAGCAGAUCAUCGACGUGGAUGAGAAGAACCAAGUACUGAUGACCAACGCCUGGCUGCAGUUGUACUGGACAGACAUCUACCUGAGCUGGAAUCCAGAAAAGUACCCCGGUGUUCAGAACCUGCGAUUCCCUUCAGACCAGAUCUGGACCCCUGACAUCCUCCUUUACAACAGUGCGGACGAGCGGUUUGAUGCCACCCUCCACACCAACGUCCUGGUGAAUGCAUCCGGCUACUGCCAGUACAUCCCCCCUGGCAUCUUGAAGAGCACCUGCUACAUCGACGUGCGUUGGUUCCCUUUCGACGUGCAAAAGUGUGACUUGAAGUUUGGCUCGUGGACGCACAGCGGCUGGCUGCUGGACCUCCAGAUGCUGGAUGUGGACACAUCCAACUACAUACCCAAUGGGGAGUGGGACCUUGUGGGGGUGCCAGCCAAGCGCAAUGAGCUAUAUUACGACUGCUGUAAGGAGCCCUACCCGGAUGUGACGUUCACGGUCACCAUGCGCCGCAGGACGCUAUAUUACGGCCUCAAUUUGCUCAUCCCAUGUGUGCUGAUGUCUGGCUUGGCCCUGCUGGUCUUUCUACUUCCGGCAGACUCCGGGGAAAAGAUUUCUCUGGGCAUCACUGUGCUCCUUUCGCUCACUGUCUUCAUGCUUCUGGUCGCAGAGAUCAUGCCGGCCACGUCCGACUCUGUUCCUCUCAUCGCCCAGUACUUUGCCAGCACCAUGAUGAUAGUCGGGAUGUCCGUGGUGGUGACAGUUAUUGUGCUGCAGUUUCACCAUCAUGACCCUCACGGAGGCAAGAUGCCCAAGUGGGUUCGGGUGGUCCUGCUGAACUGGUGUGCUUGGUUUCUCCGUAUGAAACAACCUGGCGAUGAGCGCAAGCGGCCUGGUUACAAGUACAGUCACAACUCCCAGCACCACUCCAGCUCCGGCUCUAUAGAGAUGGGUGCCGUUCCAAGCCUCACUCUGCCUCUCUCGCAGACAUCCGGCCCACCUUGCACCACAGGCACCUCCAACGGUUCCAUGAGCCUCUACUUUAGCAAUUACCACCCCAUAGAAGGCCCGCACUGCCCGCCUUCUAGCGACUCCGGGGUAGCGCUCGGGGGGCUUGCCCAUGGCUCCCCAAGUGAUGAGGCUGAGCCAUCUGGAGGAGUUGGCAGUUGUGUCGGAGGCAUGGGGAUGGGAGUUGGACCAGGGUUGGGAGUCCUCCCACCAGAGAUCCAACGCAUCUUGGAGGAGGUGUCGUACAUAGCCCAGCGGUUCCGGGACCAGGACAGGUCUGAGGCCGUCUGCGGCGAGUGGAAGUUUGCAGCGGCGGUGGUGGACCGGCUGUGCCUGGUGGCCUUCUCUCUCUUCUCCAUCAUUUGCACAUUCACCAUCCUCAUGUCAGCACCCAACUUCAUAGAGGCCGUUUCCAAGGACUUCACAUAGCUAAUUGCAGCAGCGGGAUAGAAAGAAGGAAGAGGGCAAGAGAUUGGGGUUAAAGAAGAGAUUGAGAGAGAAAGUGCAUGUGGGGAAGGAAACAAUGAAGGGUGCAGUGUGUGGUCCCCAACCUACAGUCUGGUCACUAAAGUUGGGCCACUCAGGGUUUUAUGGAAAAAAUGUACUCUCAAAACUCAUGAAAGUAAAUGGAGCCUUGCAACUCUGCCAAGCUGCUAAUUCAUGUAGUCAUUUAGAGCCAAAAAGGAAACAAAAUAUUUAUGAUUGAUAAGUAAGUAAUUACAAUUAAUAACAAAUCCUUAUGUUACAUUAGCACAUUCCAUAUCAAGAAUAGAAACAGACAUGCAUUGUGUUGAUGUCGUAAAUAAAUUGUUGCUCUCGAGAAGAGGAAAAAGAGUUGGACAUGCCGACUAAAGAGCAACCCCGGGGGAACUAUCAGCAAAAGGUUGUGAAUCACUGGGGCAUUAGAGGAGGGCAAUGCAUAGUUUUCUUCUUUACAUUGAGUAAUAUAUCAAUAAGGGAAAGAUAAAGUGGCAGCUAAUUGUCUUUUCUCUGUCAACAGUGUUAAUAUCAUUGUUUUAUUUGUAGUAUUCAUUUUUUUAAACUGCUUCAUUUACUGAACAACAACUCAUACAGCACCACACUCCAUCCACCUCAUUGCCUCACCUCGACUAUCUUUGUUCUAAGUGUACAAAUGCACAAAUGUAAAGAUAUCCCCUCAGUCUGAGUUCAUUAUAAUGUUACGGUUAGUUAUUAAAAAUUAAAUGUUUCACUGUGAAUGUGAUUGUGUUUGCGGAAAAUUGGAUCAACACAGCUUUGGAUACCGUUCAUCUCUAACAUAAGUAUAGAGGCAUUUUCUUUCUUCAUCAUACUAGGAAUGCUUAUUUAGGAUCACUUUGUCUGUUUUUAAUUUAGCCAAUAGAAUCUGUUACAUAAUAAGAACAGUUUGUGACAGUGUAAUAAUGGCACCUCCAACAUGUUGUAUCAAAAAGCACUGUGUUGACUGGUGUGUACUGGUGUUGACGAGUAAAACAAAAUACACUACACAGGUUUCUUUCUGAAUUAUAGUCAAAUACUGUAUGAUGCGCAGUACAUCCUUUAACCAUGCGGUCUGAAACUACAUGUACAAGUUAUUCAUUUAACUGUAGAAACAGAUCAAGUACCGUAAAAGUUGUCUAACUGCUGUGAAUCCAUAUCUAUGUACCUUGUUGGACCUGUACAUACGUGAUCACUGGAAGUAAAGAGUGAUAUGACUUUUGAAUCUCUGGCCCCAGAGACAAUGGCCAUGAGGUGCGACGGCAAGAAGAAAACCUCACAACCGCAUCCGCCACCAUAUUGCUGGAGAAUAUACUGCAGAUUUAUAAAAGGCCCUUUGGUGUAAAUAAGUUUUGUCCAUGUGCUUAGUGCCUCCUCUUUGCCGUAACCACAGUCAUUGGUCUCUUUAUCUGUUAUUCCAAGUGUGAAUUGUUGUCUUUCUAUGUGAUUAAAGCCUAUUUAUUCUCUGUAUAGCAGCCUCUGGAUAGAUCUGUGGGGACAGACAGUAGACUAAGCCAUAUACAUUAACUGUGGUGAGUAAAUUGAAAUCACAGCGUGUAAUAAGGCUUCCAUAGCAUUAUCCUUUAUCACACAAAUAGCUAAAACUUUGCUUAGAUUGCUACAGCUGCUGGGUCAAAUACAUCCUGGCUGUGAAACAGUUGCAUUAAUAGCAUGAUAGUACCAUAUUUAAAGAUGAGCACAAACACAAUGUCACCAUCAGUGUCAUCACUGAAAAUAACGUCUCCAGCUUUCAUGACAUCAUGUUGAUUGGAUGGGAUGUCAACCAUUUUGAAAAGGUCAAACCGUUAAAGAACCUGGUCAGGACAAGACUAAUAUAAUGUGAAAGUUUCAUUAGAUUGUGGUAGAAAUUGUUUUUGGUCUAGGGUAAGAGGAUCAAUUAUUGAUCGAGAGUGAAUCAAAUUCUGAGCACCCAAAAAAAUACUCCAGAAUGAACAAUGUGGGUCAUGUUUUCCUUCUUUCAGUUGUUUGAUGUUCUGUAAUAAAUAAAGCAGAACCAAUA